AUGGCUUCUCUUGGAUCAAUUGGCGGAGGAAUUCUAUCGGGCUUCUUUAAAAUUGGACCCAGGGGUUCCAUCAAAUUCUUACUGACAAUCAAUUUCUUUGCUUUCUUCCUGCUUUGGGGUGAUCUAUCUAUCUAUCUAUCUAUCUAUCUAUCUAUCUAUCUAUCUAUCUAUCUAUCUGCCUAUUACUUUAAGAGUUACGGUACGGAUCCAUUUUGCCGACUUCCCUUACCUACAUUGAUGCCAUCGACGAGAGGCUGUACACCUUGGAGACCUGCUGCGGAUGGUGGGUACGGACCGACUCGAGAGCUGCGAAAACCGGACCCGGAUUUUCCAGGGCCGCCGAAAGCGCAUCGGACGCCGCCCGAGCCGCGGCGCUCUACAGGUACCUUUUCCGUAUCUCCGGACGAGUUGAUUUCAUGGACACGGUCCUUUACGAAGAAGAGAGAACUCUUCCCGGGGCUCUCGGCGACGUCUCCGGGUUCGCUUGUGUCACCGCGGUUUCGUCCGAGUAGCGAUGAGAUGCCACCGACAUCGCUGCCAGCAACGCCGCCACCCCGGGCAGCGUUCACCAUCAAUACAAUCACCACCACCACUACCAUCAUCUCCUUUACUACCACUACCAUCACUACUAAUAUUGCUUCCCUCUUUGUUCUAUCUAUCUAUCUAUCUAUCUAUCUAUCUAUCUAUCUAUCUAUCUAUCUAUCUAUCUAUCUUUUCUUUUCUAUCUAUCUAUCUAUCUAUCUAUCUAUCUAUCUAUCUAUCUAUCUAAGACAAAAGACAGCGAAUCGGUCGUCGAGUGCAUAA